UCAUAGUAUAAGAAGAAUGACUUCAUAUACCUGAUUUCCACAUGACUAGAUCACCGUUUCGCAAUAUGCUGAUCAGGUGAAAGCAGAUCUAGUGAAAGGUGUGGUUAGUUGAAGUGUAAAAGGAAAGGAGUCAGACAGUGUGCGUACAUACAUAGCUGACUGUGUGUUAGACGGUGUGUGUACAUACAGUAACUGACUGUUAGAGAGAAAGUGAACCAGAAAAACAGGCAGAAAGUCAUGGACACCGCAAGCAGAAGAAGCAACAUUAAAAUCGACAACCAAAAAGACUUUGGAUUUUUCACAGAUGAAAAGUUGUUUGAUUUUUUCUGUCAAAACAAGGUAAAGAUGUCAACAAUAGAAAAGCCGUUGAUGCUCCUCCGACAUCUCAAGGACAAUAGACUCAUUACAGAUGAGCUUUAUCAAAAGCUUGAGAACACUGGUGGAGAUAAUGAUAUGUACAGUGCAUUGGAGUACAUUGAAAAACGUGGAAAGAAGAAUGUUAGAAAGUUCUGGGAACGUGUGGCCCAGGAGCACAUAUUACAGCGUUACUCUCAACUCUCUGAAAUCACUGCAGCUCUGAUGGACUCUCUUGAGGGUCAGCCAAAGAAAAUAAUAAGAGAAAGAGUCGAGGAUCGAAGCACAGGAAAAGAAAGAGAGGUUAAAAAGAGAAAGACAGAGAGCAACUCUGUGAGUGACCAAGCUGGACCAUCAUCAUCAAGCAUCAGCAGCCAGAGGACGACAGAUGAACAUGUGAAGAGAGAUUCUCCAGAUCUUCCGAGCUCUCCAGACUCCAGCACAGAAUUGCCGUUUUCCCAUCCGUCCGUGCACUGUAAAGCAGAGGAAAUCUGGAACAUGGAUAAACACAAGAGAUUUCUUCCUGUCACAUGUGGGGAUAAACAGGCCUUAUUGGACAGAGAUGCAUUGUAUGAGAGAAAGAGGGACUGCAUUAAAUGUGACACAGGAAUGAUCUCACCUUUUCUAUUUGAGGAAAUGGGUGGAAAAGAAACACACAAGUCCUGGAAAACAAGUAUAUUAUGCCAAGGCAUAACCCUCAAGACUCUGAUUGAGAUGAAUAUUUUGAAGUUACCCAAACAUAAAGGAAAGUUUACACUUCGUAAAUGAUGUGCCGUGCAUCACAUUAUUUAGCAUUUUCAGUCAGUGAAUAUACUUACUACAAAUUUUGAAAAAUAUCCAACCUAUUUUAGUGCAAUUUUAGCCAUUUGUAACUUGAUUUUACAAGGCUUUCACUUUCAGUUAUUCUACUGGUAAAAAAUAAAUAAAU